UUUUUUUUUUUUUUUUUUUUGAGUAAAGAAGGAAGAUUUGUGCUUGUUGUUUCUGAUUCAUGUUUGGGAUUCAGGAAAGCAUCCAGCGGAGUGGGAGCAGCAUGAAGGAAGAGCCCCUCGGCGCGGGGAUGAACGCAGUGCGGACGUGGAUGCAGGGAGCUGGCGUCCUGGACGCCAGCACGGCCGCUCAGAGCGGAGUGGGUCUGGCCCGGGCUCACUUCGAGAAGCAGCCUCCUUCUAACCUGAGGAAGUCCAACUUUUUCCACUUCGUCCUGGCUCUGUACGACCGGCAGGGGCAGCCCGUGGAGAUCGAGCGUACUGCCUUCGUGGGCUUCGUGGAGAAGGAGAAGGAAGCCAACAGUGAAAAGACCAACAACGGGAUCCACUACCGCCUGCAGCUGCUCUACAGCAAUGGGAUCAGGACGGAGCAGGAUUUCUACGUUCGACUCAUCGACUCCAUGACCAAGCAGGCAAUAGUAUAUGAAGGCCAAGACAAGAACCCAGAAAUGUGCCGAGUUCUGCUCACGCAUGAAAUAAUGUGCAGCCGCUGUUGUGACAAGAAAAGCUGUGGCAACAGAAAUGAGACUCCAUCAGAUCCAGUGAUAAUUGACAGGUUCUUCUUGAAAUUUUUCCUCAAAUGUAACCAAAAUUGCCUAAAAAAUGCAGGAAACCCUCGAGACAUGCGGCGAUUCCAGGUUGUGGUGUCUACAACAGUCAAUGUUGAUGGCCAUGUGUUGGCAGUGUCGGACAAUAUGUUUGUUCACAACAAUUCCAAGCACGGGCGGAGAGCUCGAAGACUCGAUCCCUCGGAAGGUACGCCUUCUUAUCUGGAACAUGCAGCUACACCAUGUAUCAAAGCCAUCAGUCCAAGUGAAGGAUGGACUACAGGAGGUGCCACUGUCAUCAUCAUAGGAGACAAUUUCUUUGAUGGGUUACAGGUCAUAUUCGGCACCAUGCUGGUUUGGAGUGAGCUGAUUACUCCUCAUGCCAUCCGCGUACAGACGCCUCCCCGACACAUCCCAGGGGUUGUAGAAGUCACAUUGUCCUACAAGUCUAAGCAGUUUUGCAAGGGAACGCCUGGAAGAUUCAUUUACACAGCUCUGAACGAACCCACCAUUGACUAUGGUUUCCAAAGGUUACAGAAGGUUAUCCCCCGGCACCCCGGUGACCCCGAACGCUUGCCAAAGGAAGUAAUACUGAAGAGGGCUGCUGAUUUAGUAGAAGCACUCUAUGGUAUGCCACAUAAUAACCAGGAAAUAAUCCUGAAAAGAGCAGCAGACAUUGCAGAAGCACUCUACAGCGUCCCCCGCAAUCACAACCAGCUCCCCACCCUUGCUAACACGUCAGUCCAUGCAGGAAUGAUGGGAGUGAAUUCCUUUAGUGGUCAACUAGCUGUCAAUGUUUCUGAAGCCUCACAAGCCACCAAUCAGGGUUUUACGCGCAACUCGAGCAGCGUGUCACCUCACGGCUAUGUGCCAAGCACCACCCCUCAGCAGACAAGCUAUAACUCUGUCACAACAAGCAUGAAUGGCUAUGGGAACGCUGGAAUGUCAAAUUUGGGCGGUUCUCCGACCUUCCUGAAUGGAUCUGCUGCCAAUUCUCCCUAUGCCAUUGUGCCAUCGAGUCCGACAAUGGCCUCCUCCACUAGCCUCCCCUCAAACUGUAGCAGUUCCUCUGGGAUUUUCUCCUUCUCACCAGCCAACAUGGUCUCAGCAGUGAAACAGAAGAGUGCUUUUGCGCCUGUCGUGAGACCACAAACUUCUCCUCCUCCCACCUGCACCAGCACCAAUGGCAAUAGCCUGCAAGACCAGUCUUUUGUGGACUCUAGCAAGUACUCCACUGCAGGGUCUCUCCAGGGGCUGGCCUUCUCCUGAACUAUAUCUGGCAUGAUUGUUCCCCCCAUGUGAAAGAAUUGCCUUGAAGAAUUUUAUUAAUGAAGAGGUUGAAUUCUGCUUCAGAGAGAAUCUGAUCCAAGUCCCAGAGUGGAACUUUUUACUCAGGCCUUUUUAAAAAGAAAAAAAAAAAAAAGAAAAAAAAAAAAGAAGAAGAAUCUUACAAUAACUGAGGAUUUUUAAAGAAAACAAAAAAUCACCAUCCUUGCAAAUACUGAAAUUAGCAAUCUACAAUUGCAAGGUGUUGAUUCGUGUUGUCCAUCCCAAAUACCUGGGAGAUAUAUUUAUUGUAUGUUGAUAGAAAAUUCACCUU